AUGCCCACAGCCUGCGCCCGGCCCGGAGGGGGGCUGCUCUGCUCUUUCCAGCGCUGCUUCGUUUGCGGCGAGGCGGGCGCCACCAUCACCUGCCAGCAGAAGGGGUGCGACCGCAGCUUCCAUCUCCCUUGCGCCUCAGAGGGUGAAUGUGUCACCCAGUUCUUCGGGCUGUACAGGUCCUUCUGCUGGGAGCACCGCCCAGAGCAGGCAGUGCAGGCCGCUCCAGAGCACAACACCACCUGCAUCAUCUGCCUGGGCCUCGUGGAGGACAAAAAGUCCUACCACACCAUGGUGUGCCCAGCAUGCCAACACGCCUGGUUCCACCGGACCUGCAUCCAGAAGCAGGCUAUCCAUGCCGGCGUCUGCUUCCGCUGCUUGCGUUGCCAAAGCAAAGAUCAGUUCGUGAUGGAAAUGCUCACCAUGGGGAUUCGAAUCUCCAAGAGACAACCGUCACGGGAGAGCGACCAGGCAUUUGGACUGGUGUAUCAGAGGCACAUCCGCUGCAAUGCCAGCAAGUGCCUUUGUCUGGGAGGCAGGGAGCAGGCAGAGGAAGAGGGGUCCUGGCAGAUGCUCCUGUGUAGCUCCUGCGCAGCCAAAGGCAUCCACAGGCGCUGCUCCUACCUGAGGAACAGCGCAACCACCUGGCAGUGUGACUGCUGUGCUGGCCUGGGCCCUGGCGCCAGUGACAAGUCAGAGCUUGCCAGCAUCAGAACCGCCAGCCAGGCGGCAUCGGGGCUGUCCCAUGGCUCCCUGGUGCCUGAGAGCAGCAGGCCCAGCACCAUCACCUACACACCACCGGGGCCAUCCCGCAGCUCCCCAGGGCCUGAAAGCAGCAGCCGCUCCAGCCACCUUGGGCCAGACCGCAUCCGGCACCGCUCGCAGUUACAACGUCGGGCGCAAAAGCCAUACAGCCGGCCUGGCAAACCCCGUGGGACCAGCCACGUGCCAGCUCCAAGCGUCGAGCCGAGCAGCCCCAGCACUGCCUGGCAGAUGGCGCUGGGGCUGUUCCUCGGUUUGCUGGUGCUCCAGAGGAGCAGCUCCACCUCUGCCAGCCAGGCAGCGUCGGGGCUGUCCCGUGGCGCUCUGGUGCUCGAGAGCAGCAGCCGCUCCAGCCACCCUGGGCCAGACCGCAUCCGACACCGCUCGCGGUUACAACAUCGGGCGCAAAAACCAUACAGCCGGCCUGGAAGAUGCUGCUGA